AUGAGAGAUUUUAUUAUGUCGUACAACACAAUCUUGACCAAUCUGAAAGCAAACACGUGUAUGAAGCGUUGGCUGGGGUAUAUCCUCCGUUUGAGGAGCAAAUUCCGCGAGACUCUCUCAACAAGGGGAAGGCCGUUGUAUCAGUUGCAAGCUUCCCCCCACUGCCAGGCUCCCUGCGUCAUGGGCAGUUUCAACCCAACGGGACGGUCCACCAAACACUGA